CCCUCCUGUCCUCUCGCGCCGGCGCCCAGCCGCCGACUACCCGCCACCAUGUCGACCUGCGCCUACCACUCGCCGCGCUUCUCCGAGGAUAAUGCUUGGCUUCCGCAGUGGCUUCAGCCGCAUCGGCAGCAGACGGCCGGUGAGCACCCAAGAGACAGCGCCGGCGUUUCGUCGCCGCCUUGUGAGAACUGUGUGUUUAUUUGGGACCCUGCACAAGACCAACUGGACUGUCAGAAUGCCACGGUAAAUGCUGGUGCUUACAGCGGGUUUCGUCUGCAUCUGUCGGGGAGUGAGGCUACACCUGCUGCGAGUGCUCCAACCAGCAGAGAGGCGCUGCCUUUCUCUUUGCACCUUUCUUCAGAAAGUGCAGCACAGCUGUCCUCAGUUCAAGCCGAUGUUAGCCCUCGGAUUUUAAAUUCUGGUACAUCGAAAGGACCAUUAAAGGGCUCUUAUGUUGCCGGCCAAGCACAAGAGGUCAAAGCUGUGGAUGAGGCUAAAUGCCCCAAGGAUGAUAAGCUACCAGAAGUCUGUAGAGUGGCUAGGAAGGAUAUCACUAAACCGGUUGGUGCGAGAAGGCAUCAACCAUCUGGCGGGAAGGUUGAUGUUCAGAAGCUCCGGAAUGCAGAUGCUAAUGAUGCAGUUGAGCUAUCUAUUGCUGCCUCUGAGGCUAUGGUUAUUGCAGAGAUGUUACUUAAUGAUUGCCAGCCUGAUAAGCUGACUGCAGCUGCCCUCGAAGCUGCUUUGCGUGUAAAGGAAGCUCGGAAACAGUGUUUUCUUGAGGAGACAGAACAUGACUGUGGAUCCUUUGAAAAUGGUCUGGAUGAGAGUGACUGGCUUGCAGAAUUGGAUGAGGUCGAAAUGCUUGAUGCAUUUGAAGAUGUAGGCCUGUCAACUGUUCAAGCAGCCUGUUCAUCUCAAGACCGCGACACAACUGAUCUGAAACAGCUCAUGUCUCCUAGUUGUGCCCCACGUGAUCUAGAAGCACACAACUUAGACAUUUGUUCCUCCGGAGAGCAAAAUAGAAAAUGGCAUAGCCAAGAUGCUAGUACCAAUGAUCAUGUAGCUGAUUCUCUGGCAAAUAAUAACUCAGCUGGUACACUACUGAAAGAAUCAACUUCAGGAUGUGAUUCUGCGAAGCAAAUAGCUCUAGAUGAAGCAAUCUCAUGCUCAAGAAAUAAGGAAACUGCUUUCCAGAUGUUGACGCAAAACAACCAUGUCACUCCAGUAAGAGGUCAACAUAUCAUUAAGGAAGGUGGAAGAACUGAAGAAGCGGCAAAGGUUAUUGGUGGUACAAGGAAACAUAUAAGAACUAGCUUCAUCUCUGAGUCAAUGGAUAGCAUUUAUGAGUGCUCUCCUGCACCUAGAGCGAUAUCCACAGAAAUGGUCGCGUCUUCAAGAGCAUCUUUCCCCCAAGACACUCAAGGUUUCUAUGGAGAGAAUCAAAGUGCAGAUUCAGGCUAUGAAGUAGUAUGUUCAAGCUUACCACUUGAGGAUCCUCUCUGUUCAUUUGUUCCAUGCAGCAUAUCUUGCAAUGAAGUUUCCGCUAGUCAAGCUCCUGAAUGCAAACAGAGGAACGGGGAGGAGAGAGAACCAAUACGUUCAAAGGAAUCUCUGGAGAAAGACCUAGAUGUAGAAGCCACUCCGUCUUCUGUGCCAUUAGAUAAGGUACCAGAAUCUAAUGCACGGAGGCGCAGAAUAUACAGUUCACUCAGGCCUUUUAGCAUGAUAGGACCUAUAUCGAACAUAUCGGGAGGUAGUGCGACUCGUAAUGAUGUUAAUGUAGCAGUUUGUCAGAAGGAGAGAUGCGCGCCAGUAAUCUUAAAUAAGAAGAUACAGCGUGUGCAAGCUUCUAAUCAAUUCACAGAAAACAAUGCUGAAGCUGGAAGCUCGAAAGAUUUUUCUUUGGCUCAGAAGAAGUCAUCUUGUGCUCAGGAUGAUAAUGGACAUCAAUCCCCAACGUAUUUGAAAGCUGUCAAACAAGGCCUUAAAAGAAAAGGUCCCGAAUUGCUUAAUGCUAAACUUAGUACUAGACAAACCAAGAGCAGAAGGGUUAAAUCUCGAUUCAGUUGGUCUGAGAGCAGAAUUGCUGACAUGCGGGAGCCCAGGGAAAACAUUUUCAAAAAAGAAACCAUAUUUCAUGGGCUAGAGUUUUUGUUGACUGGAUUUCAAAGUCAUAAGGAAAAAGAGGUUGAGUCUGUAAUACGAAAGUUUGGAGGCUGUGUUAUUUCUAAAGUGCCACCCUGUCCAUUUGAUAAAAAAACCAAGCUUGCAGAGCUUGUGAGGUGGAAGCCUCCCAUAGUUCUUUCCCCUAAAAAGGUAUCGACAGCUAAGUUCUUAUAUGGUUGUGCUACCGAUUGCUGGAUUUUGAAUCCUAAUUGGCUUUUUGAUUCUCUUCAAGCAGAUGUCCUGUUGCCAGCAGGAAAGUAUUUCAUUCGACAAAGGCAUACAAUGAAGGAAAGUUCAACAUUUGGCCAGCCACUUCACCUAAGAAGUAAUAAGUUGGUAUUUCGUGGUGUAGGAUUCUUGAUCCAUGGAAAAAUCAGCUUCUGUUCGAAAUUUUCCAACAUUAUCAAGCAUGGAGGUGGCCAAGUUUUUGUAUCUCUUCAAGGAUUAAUACAAAGCUUGAAGGAUAAAAGUUCUACACAUGGAAUCAUUCUUGUUUCAAAUGAGGCGAGUGCAUCACGCCAUCUAAGCCAUUGUGGGCUGGAACAUGAUAUAAAAACAGCGCCAGCAAGCUGGAUCAUAGGCAGUCUAUUUUCUGGGAAACUGAUUCCCCUGAAGAAAGACCGCUGCGCUUCAUUCCGCCGGAUUAAGAUGCCAUCAUUCCAACAGAACCAUGCGUUUGACAUGAGUCAAGAAAUAUAAGAAUCCAGAUCUGUUGCACAGCACUGUGGUCUCUUCCUAUGAGAACCUUGAAUAGUUCCUCUGAAGAAAUGCCUGGCCUUAAGCACAUUCCUUACCAUGAUCCUCUAUUUGCCAACAGAGUUCCAAUUGCAUGUUCCUAUCACAGAUUUGGAUUUGUCCAUAGCGCACGCGCUAAGGCUGACACCUGAUGCCUUUGCAAUUACAGAUAGGUGUCUGACGCUGCAGCACCUGUAAUGUUGAUAUGGUGUACAGCUGUCUAUUUUUCAAGUAGACCAAGGGCACGCUAAGCAUCCAUCUUUUAUCCACAUUGCUCAUUUUAUUGAGGGCGAGUGUUUUCAUUUCUUGAAGAUGAUGAUAUUCACUGGAGACUGCAUAGUGCAUACAGCUUACAAAUCGGCAUCUGGGCAGAAUUAUAGUCCAGAACAAGCGAGGACAUGCGUCUGCAGAUGGGAGUCCCAGACUCAAGUGUAUAUCAACAGGGGAAAGAGAUUGCUCAUAUCAAGAUGCGUCUGUAUUUUUAACAAUCCUUUUUUUAGUGAAUGAGAAUGCUUGUUGUAUUUUUAAGAAUGCUUGUUGUUGUUGUUGUUGUUGUUGUUGCUGCUGCUGUAAGCUGUAAAUACAAAUAUUAGAAAAUAUAUACAAAAGCGUCGCUGAUUUAGUUCUUUUA